UCUCAGCGAAGUGAAAGAAGAAUCAGAACUCUCACUGGAGGCGAGAUGUUCCUGGUACCACCUCAACAGCCUCCAGAAAAGGGUGUGGUCGAAAUUGAGGGGCGUGGGCAUAUGGGCAUCAGCAGGAAGUUACCUGUUGAAUUUCUCUGUCCUUUCUCUUCCUGACCUUUGUAGUUAUUCCUAAAGGGGAAGUCACUGAACAAUAAGACUCCUCCGAAAAAGUGGUAAGGAUAGGUAGCAGGACGGCGAUUAAUUACUUAGUUCCCAACAGCUAUUCUUUACCUGCUAAGUCAGGUGAACUGGUUCUCGGGGUGGAAACCUGCAAGUGAAAAAAGGACAAGGACGAGGGAGGUACUGUAUUUGUUAAUUUUGAAGACCACACCUAGAAUUUGCAGACCCAUUUGUGGGACUCGCUUGGCCAGGGAAAGGGGGAAGAACUGGAGGGACUUUGGCAGCAAAAGAAGCCUGUCUGGGCUACCUUCCUUGUGUUUUGCCUAGCUAAACACUAUAGCUAGCAUGGCUUCCGCUGUCUGGGGGAGUGCCCCUUGGUGGGGCCCGCCGCCGCCAGCCCCUGCCCGGCCGCUCACGGACCUCGACUUCUGCUCUGGGGCGCAGCUGCAGGAACUGACCCAGCUGAUUCAGGAGCUCGGGGUACAGGAGAGCUGGAAUGACGGGCCGCAGCCGGGAGCAGACCUCCUCCGGGCAAAGGACUUCGUCUUCGCGUUGCUUGGUCUAGUUCACCGCCAAGACCCCCGUUUUCCUCCUCAUGCAGAACUUCUGCUACUUCGUGGUGGGGUUCGCGAAGGCUCCCUGGAUCUGGGGCAUGCACCCUUGGGUCCCUACGCCCGCGGACCUCAUUACGACGCCGGCUUCACUCUCCUAGUCCCGAUAUUUUCGCUGGAUGGCACUGGGUCAGAGUUGCAACUGGACCUAGAAUCCUGUUAUGCAUGGCUCCGCCUCCCAGAGCUGGUUCUUGGAACUUCUGUGCGGGAAGCGUGGCAGGAUUGCCUGGGAGCCCCAGUCCCAAGAGGACGUGGUUUGACUCACCAAAGGGAAAACGAAGGAAGCCCCAAGGACAAGCAAAGCUCGGUGGUCCAGCCACGCAGUUACAUCACUGAGUCUGAUCUGCAUGUAUUUUUAGAAAAAUCACCUUUUGACCUUUCAGAGCUGGAGUCAUCUCAGCAUGACGUCACCCACUUUGGCCCUUCCGAACCUUUGCAAGAACUGAGUACUGACAUCAUUCAGGCAACCGUCGAGGGUCUAGUUCCACAGCCAACUGAGGUUCAGGAGGCGUGUCCUACAUUGUGUCCAGCCCUGGUGGCGACCUGGUUCUUUGCUACUCUGGCCACAGUUGCCGAAUCCCUCGUCCCUAUCCCGGGGGCUCCGCGCUUGGUGCAUGCAGCACGCCACUCAGGCUUCACCACGAUUCUCCUAGCGACGCCAGGACCCCCGCGGCGCCUACUGCUCUUCGAUUUGAUCCCGGUGGUGUCUGUGGCAGGCUGGCCAGAGGGAGCACGAAGCCACUCAUGGGCGGGACCUCUGACCUCCGAGUCCUCCUCCUUCUACCUAGUACCAGGCGGCGGCACAAAGAGGCAGAACGCCUUAGGCUGGCAGCUCUGCUUUGCCCGCCAGGAGCUGGCGCUCAAGACACGCAUACCCGCGCCGCUGUUGCAGGCGCACGCUGCUGCCCAGGCUCUACUGCGCCCACUGGUGGCCGGGACGCAGACCGCGGCGCCCUACCUUCUGAGAACGCUGCUGUACUGGGCUUGCGAGCGGCUGCCGGCGCUCUACUUGGCGCGGCCAGAAAAUGCGGGCGCCUGCUGCCUCGGGCUACUGGAUGAGCUGGGCCGCGUGCUCGAGGCCGGGACAUUGCCUCACUAUUUUCUGAGUGGCCGAAAGCUCUGUGUGGGCGAAGAUUCUGGUACUCUCCUGCGGGCGUUGGUCCAGCUCCGCGGGGAUCCUGCUCGAGCCCUACGUGCAGCGGUGGAGGAAGCCAAGGUUGCCCGCAAAGGGGGUGGCUUGGCAGGCGUGAGGGGUGGGGCCCAUUAAGACUCUACUACCGCGUGUAAAAUGUUUCUCUUAGCGUGCAUCCCUGGAGAGGACUGCUGGCCCCUUGCACAGGCCCUUUGCGCGCCCCGACCCAAAGACUUUUGGAAGGCCUUGGGGCAUGUCAUGUCAUUUCCUCGUCCCAUCCUGGCGCAGGUGGUCCCUUUUUCCAAAUCUGGACAGCACCCUUCCUGCCCUGGUACAGCCUCCGGCGACUACCUCUCCCCAGUUCUUUGGGUCUUUUAUUUUUAUUUUAUUUUUUCUGAGAAGCCAGUAGAGAUGGAAGGUGUAUAUUUGCUGACUAAAUGUGCAAAGGAGAGAAGUAUGGAAAAUGGAGACUGAUAAAUGUGGCACAUAAAAGCUGAGAUAUUAAGGAGGCCGGAUUUCGCCCCAGGCUGGAUGUUACCACCCCCAGCCUCUCAUCUCUCCAGUUCUGCCCACCUUGUUCAGAGCCUCAGCUCAAAGGCAUCGUCACCAAACUGUUCUGCCGCCAGGGUUUCUACCUCCAGG